UAGUUUACCCUCGCGCGUGUUUCUAAAAAAAGAUUUGCCGACAAUUAUAUUUUUGUCUGUUAUAUUUAUAUAUUUAAUACUAAUUAUUAAGUAUGUCUGCUAUUAAAUAUUCGAAUUUAAUUUUUCUCAACAACAAAGAAUCGAGUUUAUUACAGCCAUAAUAAUUAUUUUCCAUGAUACUGUUUUUGCAAUUUAGUUUUUAAAACAAAAAAUUAUUAAACUAAAAAUGUCAAGCCAAAUUUUGAAAGAACUAGAAGCAACUGCUCAAAUUUUUUUGGCACCGCCAAAUAUAAUAACGCAGGAACAAAGAAAUGCAGCAGAGACUGUCUUUUUAGAUUUUCGUAAAACAUCAAUGCCUUAUCAACUGUGCCGCGAAAUAUUAGAAACAAGUAGCGUUGAUUAUGUACUAUUUGAAUCCGCUGGUUUAAUUAAAACAGCAUUGAUAAGAGAGUGGAAUUUGUUGCCUCCAGAUGAUAUUGUUUCAUUGAAGCAGUAUCUUUUGCACUACAUAUUAAAUAAAUUAACACUGGCGCCCUUUGUCAGGGAGCGAAUUCUCCAAGUGAUUGCGAUAAUGGUAAAGCGUAAAAGUGCUGAAGAUUCGGGUGAAGAUCGCGGCAUGCUGCUGAAUCAAGUCGAGUCAAUGGUAACAAGCGGCGAUUUAAAAAGACAACUCCUUGGUUGCAGUAUCAUGUCUGCUCUCAUGCAAGAAUACGCUACGACAGCGAAAUCAUCAGCAAUCGGCUUGACCUGGGAGCUCCAUUUCAAAGCUAAACAACAGUUUGAAAUCACUGAUCUGAAGCGCAUAUUUAAAUUCGUCACCACAGCACUUGCGGAGUUUACCAAAGACGUCGUGCCGAUGGAAACUCUACCACUGAUAAAACAUUUGUUGUCCAUUGCUGAAGGAGUUCUUAUCUGGGGAUUUAUAAUAUUCGACUCACAUAUGUCUCAAGGAUUAAUCAGACUCUUUGAAGACGAUUCUAUCAGUCCAUCAUUGCGGCCGGAUAAAUUGUGGCAAGAUGUUAUCUUAGAUCCCGCUAUAAUUCAAAUAUUUUUCACACUUUAUUGGAAGGUGCGGACCAAUCUCCAGUUAGCUCAUCAUGCGAGAAGCUGCCUCGUACAGCUAGCCAGUUUGAAUGGCAAAGUUAUGGCAACUCAUGAAAUAAAAAUCCAGUACUUGAGUAAUUAUUUGCAAAAUUUUAUAAAACUUAUUUCAAAUAUUGAAAUAAUUGAUCAAGAAGCGCUGGGUAUUGCUAAUAUUGUUCGUAGAAUCACAAUGUAUUUUGGACCAACAAUGAAAUCAUUAUCACCAGAACUAUUGGGUUCUUUUAUGGAACAAAUUACUAGAUUGACUUGUGUUUUUGCCGAAGGGGCUGCUCAGGAAGAAUCGAUUUGUUCUGAUGAUUAUCUGUACAUGGAAGCAUUUGAACGUAUGCUUGAAUCUUGGUCAUCAAUUUUAUCGAAAAAAAAUUGUUAUCCAACAGGUUUUUUUGACAAUAGUUUUGUUCAAAUAUUUAAUGUUUACUUAAAAUGCCGACUAUCACCGCCGGACGGUACUCGAGCUGUUAGUAAUAAUGAAUACGAUAAAGAAAUAACGGACAUUGAAGAAAGUGAUAGAAAUAAAUUUAAGAAACAACUUCAAAUACUCGGAAUGAUUGCUAGGAGAAUACCAAAUCAUACUUUAAUAUUAUUAUCUCAUUUAAUUGAAAAUCGAACUACUAAAUUACGUCAGGAAUUGAGUCAAUUAACGUCAUCACAAGGAGGAUCAUUUGUAGCACAUGGAACUAUGAAUGAAGCUCUUCAAAACUUGUAUGAAGAUUUACAUUGGCUAGUAUUAUUAGCUGGACAUGUGUUAUGUCUCGACUCUGUUGGUGAAGUGGCACUCAUACCCAGUGAAAUGAUUAGAUACAGCAUGAAACAAGCCGAACAAGGGAAGACUGAUGUCAAUGUAAGUCUACAACUUAUUACAUCUCCUCAAUGUAAUUUAUCAGAUAUUCCUCGAGCCGAAGAAUCAUCAGAUCACGUGAUACGAUUAACUGCGUCUGUCUUUCGUUUAUGUGAAAUAGAACGUAAUGCAAUUGAAGCAAAUAUAAUAAGUUUACUUAGUCCAGAAUUAAUUAGUAGCGUAGUCUGGUUUCUGCAUCGAUGGUCAUUGAAUUAUUUAUCACCAACGGAAAAUUACUACUUGGAAAUCAGUGUGUCAUUUAUACAAGCCUUUGGUUGUCACACUGCUGGAGCCCAGUGGGCUGUUAAUUUUUUGUUGGAAAAUGUCAAAUGUAUUAUAAAUGUUUUUAAAGGAGAAGAAACUCUUAUUGAGGACACUAUUAAACUACUUGGUACUUUAGUAGACUCCCCUUCAAAAUCCUCCCAUGUAUUGAAAUCAGAACAAAUUGGAAACUUGAUUGAAUUGGUUACGAAAAAUAGUUUCAGUCUUCCUCAAGUGGCGAAAAGAGGGGUAAUGUCGACAGUCGUGCAAGCCGGAACUGCAUUAAAAAGUAAAAGUAAUGAGAAAUUAUACUGGUCUCAAACUCUCCAGCCACUUCAUGAUCAGUUCAAACAAAUAAUCUCGAGAAAUGAUUUUUCACGUUCGUGCCAUCAAGAAGACGUAAAAAUUCAAAUAACAGAACUUUUAGAAUUUUUCAUUGGUAUCGUUCAAGGAGCUCGUGCAUCAACAGCUAAAACAAUUUUUCAAUAUAUAUGCCCAAUAUUGUCUGAAAUCGCAAAUCUAUUGACCAUUUAUCAUAAUUAUCCUCAAAUAGUCAAACUACUUAUAGAAUUUCUUUUUGAAUGUUCACGCAGGGUAUUGUGUUACUUGAAUGAGGAAGAAAGUACGCGACUGUACGAGGCGAGUUGGCAUACGAUACAGAGUUACGCUCGUUGUAAUACUAAUCGUAUAACUACUGAUUCAACAGACGAAGAAAAUACCUACGAAGAUAUUCUUUUGCUUAUGCAAUUAUUAACAAAUUUAUUGAGUGAGGAUAUGUUUAAACUUGACAGCGUAGACAACAAAGUGAGUCAGAAACAAUCAGUCACAUCCGCAGAUGUAUUUUUAUACGGUCUUAAUAUUAUUAUGCCGAUGAUGACACUCGAGUUACUCAAAUUUCCUUCUUUGUGCCAUCAAUACUUUAAAAUGAUAACAUUAAUAUGUGAAGUAAAUCCAAAGAAAGUCUGUGAAUUACCUCCCGAAUUACUGAAGCAGUUAAUGGCAUCAGUAGAACUAGGAUUUUAUUCAUUUGGUGAUGACAUAACAACAAUAUGUUGCGAUAUUAUUAGAGUUAUAGCCAAAUAUAUAUACGGAGAAAGUGGAAAAGGACAUCCGAAGAAUCAAAUAAUCGCGCCGUUUAUGAAUAUAAUAAUGAAUUUGAUACUGUCCUGUCAAAUAAAUUCUGAUCUCGUCCAUCACGCAAGUACUCCAAUGUAUUAUUUGAUUUGCUGUUAUCAAGAUCAGUACCAAAAACUGGUGGAAAAUUUUAUAGCUUCACAACCAAAUCAAGAAGUUGCUCAACGUCUUGCUUCUGCAUUUAACAAUUUGACUGCCAAUAUGACAAUGAAUACCGAACAAUCUGAAAGAACUAAAUUUCGCGACAACUUUGAUAGUUUUGUGACGACUGUACAGAGUUUUAUGAUGAUUAAAUAAUUUUCACGACUGCAACCAAUCAGGACUUUUACCUCUGACAUUACCGUUCUGGUGCUAAGUCUUUUACAAAUAAAUGUAAAUAGUGUAAUUGACGUUAAUUAACGACUACCACAAACCGAAAUUAAUAACAGUACCGUCAUAAAUUAUCAGCAAUAAUUUUAAUCAAUGACGUAUUAUAAUUAUUAACCAAUUUAAGUAUUUAAUAAAUGACUUUUGUACUUUUUUUGUACAUAAAAUUUCGUAUUAUUUAUCUACAAAUAAGUGAUAUUUGAAAAAAAAAGUAAUGCGAAUAAAUACAAGUUUACAUUAAUUUUAGUAAUUAAAGUUUUUUUCCUACCG